AGUGGAGCUUUAAACCCAGCACUGGGGAUCUCCCAGACAGAGUUACUUAGUAUAAGGGAGUCUUCCAUGCAUUGACAUCCUGUUAUUAGGGAUCUGAUUGUUUGACGGGUUCAUAAUCUGAUUUAUUGACACCGCCUGUCCUGCUCGUGUCACCUCUGCUGGCUUCUCCACCAUCACCACUGGAUCCGGCGUUGGACGGACACUUACCUGGGAGUCCACUUCGCUUGGCCUCGUAGUAUAAACCUGACCGGCGAGAGGGGCUGUUAUUUAGAGGGAGGGGGACCAGGAUGUCCGAAUUAUCUGUCAAUGACCAUCUGGAGGGGAUCCUAUCAGACUUUGAAGCUCUGAAGAGGUCCUUUGACAUAGAGGAUGUAGAUGAUACUCCUGUGUUCUCGCCAACUUCUUCACUCAGCUCUCCUUACAGCCCCAGCCAAUCUAAUGUCAUUCGAGCAAGCAAUGGAGAGAGACGAACCUCUUCUGGGUCCCACCAGCCUCUCUACCAGUCCCGCAUCAGCAUUAGUUCAAGCUGCAGUCCCGCACAAAGUCCUGUCCUCAGAACUCGAAUCACCAGUAGUUUAUCAUUCAACCGUGGGACAAUGCAAAUGGCCAAAAGCAAUGGAAACGCUAACCAAAGUCUUACCCGCGUCUCUUCUUUCCAAACACGACUCAAUCCCAGUGGUUUUUCUUCUUCUGGGCAUGGCAGUGACAGCGAGAGCCUACACAGUUCCACCUCCAGUUUAGAGUGCCCACCUGCCACUAAACCUUUUCACCAGCUGCGUCCAACACCAACCACAGUAGGCCAACAUGGAUCUGGAAUUACGGUAUCCAAUACAUCCAGCCCUGUACUGAAGAAGUUCUCUUCUCAUGGUAGUGCAUUCCACUCGGAGAUUGAACGCCCAGGGGUCCGUCUGGUUCCUGUAACAACCAAUAACCACAGCUCUCUACCAUCCUUGGACUUGCAUAUUGCGGAGGACAAUGUUCCAGAUCUGGUUCCUUCUCCAGAUGCCGGAUAUCCCCCCUCAGAGGGCUGGAGUUCUCCUACCGACGCAUAUAAGAGGCCACUUUCCAGAAGCAGCAAGUCUGUUAGCAGGGAACCUUCAUUUUCCUCAUCAUCAGCCUCCUCCUCGCCACCAGCUGAUACUCCCAUCAAUUGUACACCUUCCCCACCCCCCGUUUUUGGGCCUCUACAACCAGCCACACUCCAGAAAUUCCCUGUCAGUUUCCAAGGCCCAGUAGGAAAAUCUAAUGGUCCCAGCUCUGAACAAAUUAGUAGACCAUUACCAAGGACACAGCUAAGAGUCAACCUCAAUGCAACACCUGGCCAAGCCCCUCCAGCCAACAGGGAGAAAGCUGAAGUACCAUCCAGGGGUCACUUGCAAGUGGCAUCUCUAGGUAGAGCCCCAACUGGUCCAGAUUUUGCCUCUCAAAUACCAUCUUUUACUGGUAACCGUAUGAGGUCUCAAUCACUCCAACAAGAGUCUCUUCCAGAGCCAAACCUUGACCAACCUGCCAAACAAACAGACACAUCAUCUUCCACCGAUAGGCUUCGAUCUAUGAUGCAGAGGGCCAACUCUUUCAAUAAGACAGAUAGUUCUUCCUUCCAAAGCCCAUUCCUCCGAGAGAGUCUACCAAGUCAGAAGCCACUUGGUCACAUAGCUGACUCAGCAAAAAACGGCCAAGAAACCCAUGCCUAUGGAAAGCCAACCCUCUUAGCUAGGAUGCAUGGACAUGGACCUUCAACACCUGUGUCCUGUAAUCAGAACGUCCAACUCAACAAGAAGGUCUUGGAUGAAUUCAGAAAUGGUAUUUCUCCGCUUAACCACUCAAUACAGAAAGAACCCCAGAAUGAAAGGUUAAUGGGGAUACAAGGAGGUAAAUCCAACCAAGAGGCUCUUGUUUCGUCAAGGUGUACGGAAGACCUGGGUGAAGUAAAGGCACACAUUACAGAUGUCCUUACUGAAGUCUCCGAUCAAAGCCACGAGGCUCCCAGCGACAAGAUGGAAGAGCAGACCCUGACGCCAGCCGAAGAGAUGACGAAGGUGGAGACGUGCGAAGAUCCAGGCCGGGAGCCUUUCGGUUACGUGGGCAUCGAUUCGGUGCUGGAUCAGAUGAGACGCAAAGCAAUGAAACACGGCUUUGAGUUUAACAUCAUGGUGGUAGGUCAGAGCGGUUUGGGAAAGUCAACCUUGGUCAAUACACUCUUCAAGUCAAAAGUGAUCCGUAAAGCGCCUGGAUCGGGGAUUCCCAAAACAUUGGAACUCAAUGCGGUCAGCCAAGUGAUCGAAGAACGAGGCAUGGAGAUGAGGCUCACAGUGAUUGACACACCAGGAUUUGGAGAUCAGAUCAACAACCAGAACUGCUGGGAACCAAUCAUCAAAUACAUUCAUGAGCAAUACGAGAAGUAUCUGAGAGAGGAGAUCCUGGUCACCCGCAAGCGUCGCAUCCCGGACUCUCGUAUUCAUAGCUGCAUCUACUUCAUCCCCCCAACAGGGCACUGGCUACGACCUCUGGACCUUGAGUUCAUGAAACGGUUGGGCCAGAUUGUAAACGUUGUUCCCGUGAUCGCAAAGGCUGACACUCUUACCCUGGAAGAGCGAGAAGAAUUUAAACAGAGAAUAAGGAAGGACCUGCAAGCUCAUGGGAUCAGUGUGUAUCCACAGCUGGAACUGGACGAAGAUCCGGGAGAGGCAUUACUCAACGACAAAAUCCGGGAAAAGAUUCCGUUUGCCGUGGUGGGAACAGACGAAGAACAUCAGAUUAACGGGAGGAAGAUCUUAGGUCGUAAAACCAAGUGGGGGAUCAUAGAAGUUGAGAAUACGACACACUGUGAAUUUGCUGACCUGAGAGAUUUGCUGAUCCGAUCCAACCUGCAGGAUCUGAAAGAUAUAACCCACAAUAUACACUAUGAGACCUACAGGGUCAGCCGACUGAAUGAGAAGAUUCAAUGUAGUCCAUCCUACGUGAAAGACCCAUCUAUCUUGUGAGCCCUCUCCGAAAACCUCAAGAACAUCAAUGUGCCUCCUCAUGGACAAUGCCACUCUAGCAACCAUGCCAACUCCUUACCAGUGUUGUUCACAGAUAAAGCAACAUUUUACCACUCUAUCAGCCAUGCCUGCUCUGUGCCAGGGGGUACCACAGAUACAACACCACAGGGCAUUUUUUUUUUAGAUCAAACCAACUCUGUAAUAAUGACUUUCAAAGCAAAGACCAACACUAUGCUAGGCUUUGUGACAAUACUAUGCCAUCUCGGCCGUUCACAAAUUCCACCCAAAGUCCAUCAAGAAAAGUCCAUCAUUGACCUUUCCACCUCCACCGACCACUGAACCCAUUGCCGGUCUCUGCUCACAAAACUCACACCACUGGUAACCUACGUCAUUGAGAAUGCAACUUACUAUAAAUGUAUGUGCCACACAAUCAUGCAAUUACUAGUCCGUGUAUUUCAUAGACUAAUCAUGGCACCAUCACUUACCCAUUCUGCCAAAGAGGCACACCACAUUCCUCCCAAUCUGCCACACUCAAUCUGUCUUAAAAUCCUGCCAACUUGUAUUAAUGCCCACCUGUUCCUCUGUUCUAGUACCCCAUCACUACCCAUCACUACACAUGCCAUCAACAGCGUACCCACACUCCGAAGCUCGGCCAAUGUGUUUUAAAUGACACCACUAUUCUAAUAAGUCAGUUUUGCAUCUUUGAUGAACUGUAGUUCUAGAAAUUACACAACCUAGGCUGGUUGCCAAGCUAUGGUUCAGGCUUGCCAUUGCAAAUAUCAAUUAGUAGGCCAAAAUAUAAUUCAGCUAUGAAUCCAUAAGUCAUCCAACUAUCAUCGAAGGUGUAGUCCGUCCAUGGAAUUGAUAAACAGAUCUUCAGCAAAUCAACAAAUGAUGGUAUGACUGCCAUGUUCCACAGGGGCAAGUUCUUCUUAUAUUGUACUCCAAUUUAUAGUUUACAUUUUUACAAGGCACCACGAAUGUACUCAAACCCUUGCUGAGGAAGAAGACGGGACAGUCCAAAAAUCUAUUAGGUAGUCCUUUAUUUCUCCAGGAGUGGCCUUGAGACUAAGGCAUCCAUCGAUAUAUGAUUCUUCUGAAAAAGAAAACAAGAGACUAUUUGAUGAUGGAACAAAAAAAAGAGAGAAAUGCAUUUAUAUAUAAUGUUAAGUCACAGAUUUUUUUCAGAUAUUUUUAACGAUGUAUUUACUAAGUGGGACACUUUCACUUCUUCUAUGUUUUUAUGUAUAGCGGUAUCAGAUCCAUAUUUUAUCUGCUUACAAAGAUUUGUGUUAUUUUGUACGAUUGUAACUUUCAUUCCAGAGUCUGGGAUCUCCAUAAAUAAAUACAUUUCAGACCUGACGGGA